CUUUUGUAAACCGAACACGACCAUUCUCGACCAAGUCUUCCGAGACGCUUUCCCCAACAAUGAGCAACCAAUCCAAGAUUAUCACAGUUGGCAUACUCAUAGCUUUUGGUAUUGGCAACGCUUAUUACACAUUCAACCCAAGUUUGAAGGAGUUGAAGGAACAGAAGGAGGGCUCGUCGAUCCGCAAAACACUCGAACCCCAAGGCAGCCGAGCACCACCGCCAGAACAAGACAAAGAAAAGAAAUUCAGCUAAACUAGGAGGUAGAAAUAUGGUUUGAUACCCGCCGUUCUAGCUUCCGGCUAGAGCGAAGCAGGUUGUAAGACACAAGGAACUGCCGUAAAUACAAAGACGAGAAAGCAGUCCACAGCUCCGAGGGCACGCGCAUCGCCCCGCAUGUAACAAACGAAUAUCAGAGUAUCAUACUGAUGUAGAGUAUAGUUACUCUAUGAUGUCCAUGAAGUACCUACGUUUGAGUCGUUCACAACGGAUCUUUACAUGCUCUUGUGAGCAUAGCUGCACCCAAUCAGUUGCGUACAUUGAACCCCAGACAUCCUCAACCGGGCACACAUACCCGGGCUACUUGGGCACACGACGCCGCGCGCGAGACCAAUCGCUCCAUUCAUCAUGAAGCAUGAAACUAGUAGAUGCAAACUCUCG